CGGACGGCAUAGGGUUCCUGCUGGCCCUUCCUGCUGGCUGUCCCUGCCGCUGUCCUACUGGGUCCCUGGGCUGAAGGCAGAAUCAUCCAGUCGUGUGUUGGCAGCCCAGGCAGUGACGUCAUGGAGGCUCCUUGGUUGUUGACCUGCAUGCUGGCCAUGUUCCUGGCCUCCGCAGUGACUCAGGAUGUGUGCCAAGCCCCCAAUGGGAAGGACGGGGCUGCAGGAAAACCGGGCCGCCCGGGCCGCCCAGGCCUCAAGGGGGAACGUGGAGAGCCGGGGAUCCCUGGCAUGCGGACAGGCAUCAGAGGCCCUAAAGGAGAUGAGGGGGAGCCUGGGCCCUCUGGAAAGCCCGGCAAUGUGGGCUCCCCAGGGCCCAGUGGGCCUCUGGGGGACAAGGGUGCCCCAGGGUUAAAGGGGAUCAAGGGCAACCCAGGAAACAUCAAGGAUCAGCCCCGGCCUGCCUUCUCAGCCGUGCGGAGGAACCCUCCCGCGGGCGGCACCACCGUCAUCUUCGACACGGUCAUCACCAACCAGGAAGGCCCUUACCAGAACCACUCUGGGCACUUCGUCUGUGCCGUGCCGGGCUUUUACUACUUCACCUUCCAGGUGGUCUCUCAGUGGGACAUCUGCCUGUCCAUCACGCACGCCCCCAGGGGCCAGCCGGAGCGACAGCGCCGCCUGGUGGGCUUCUGUGACUACAACAGCAAGGGGCUCUUCCAGGUGGUAUCUGGCGGGACGGCGAUCCAGCUGCAACACGGAGACAAGGUCUGGAUCGAGAGAGACGCCUCAAAGGGCCGCAUUUACCAAGGCCCCGAGGCUGACAGCAUCUUCAGUGGCUUCCUCAUCUUCCCCUCAGCCUGAGCCGGGGAGCCCCCCCAACCUCAGGCUUCCUCCUCCUCCGUGCUCACCUCCUCUCAGACUCUGUGCUCUGCUCAGUAAAGAGGGUGCUAUCACCUUAGCCACCUAAGGAAGGGGCUGCUGAGAGCCUUGAGGAGUGGCAGCCCCCCGCUCUGCUCAUUGUAAGGGUCCUUUGAGAUCUCCCUGGAAUAAAUGUGUGAGUCUGAG